UCCAUGGCAACGGUACAAAAAGUGAGACUCAGACUGGACCCCAAAGUGACACUGGCCCACUGAUAUAUAGGGGAGCAACACAACAGAAUGAGUACACACGUCAGACAUGGGUAAUGGUAACAGCAUAGCAUCAGCUGUUGACGACAACAACGCUGCUGAGGUUGAAAGACUCUUGCAGUCGGGAGCCUUACCUAGUGCGUGUGGUGUUAAGAGAGAUACUGUACUGGUGAAGGCUUGUCGUAAUGGUUUCAAGGAUGUAGUUGACGUUUUACUGAAGAAUGGAGCAAAAGUGAACGAAGCUAAUCGUUACGGUGAAACGGCGCUAAUGACUUCAGCGACUACUGGUUCUUAUGAAAUAAUCAUUAUGUUAUUACAAGCUGGUGCUGUUAUUAACCAGACGAAUAUGCAACCUAGAGAGAUUCUCCACGGGGACAUCUGUCCAAGGAACAUCCUCGUAACAGCAACGAUGAGAGCCAAACUUGGUGAUCUAGGAGCGGCUCGAUUCCGUGAUGCUUCACUGUCAGUCGGUCUGGUCAGUCCACAAUACACAGCACCAGAGAGACUCGACGUUCCAGCUCAACCGAAAAGCACAAAGACCGACAUGUACAGCAUGGCAGUGACCAUAUGCGAGCUCUUCACCUUCGUUCCUCCUGAUCGUGAGCAAAGAAAAGAUCAAGUCUUACUCAUUCGUCAGAGAGACGUCCGUUCCUUGUGUAAGCACUUGAUGAGUGAUGAUCCUGCCACACGACCGACAGCAGCAGAAGCUCGCGAUGUUGUCAGUCAAAUUUGUGAGACGGACGAGUAUACAGCGUGUCCUCCUAGACGAAUGGUAAUCGGUAAGAUGGACGGAAUCAGUGAAGUUGCUCUCGUUCAGCCACAUAUGGUGAAGCCCACGUGUCUUUGAAUUUUGUAUUUUUUACUUGAUAAUGUGUAUACAUGCUGGACAGUGUAUUAGUCUUGAUUGUUGGAUUUGUA